AUGGCGGCCAAUGCCUUCACCACUCUGGCAACAUCGCGUCUUCCCACCCCGAGUAGACUGUUCGCAAACUCAUGCUGUCCGGACAAGGAUCUAACUAUUCUCUUCUCUCGCCUUGGAGGGAGUGAUCGAAUGAGCCUUUGGAGCUUGAGUCAGGGAACAAGAAUAUGGGAGACAGAUGUCGGCGACGGAGAGGUUAGCACUACAGCAGUUGGGAUAGCCUGGAGUCCGGAUGGACAGAGCAUAGCAGUGGCUCGAGAGCCUCCGGCCGUGUCUUUUCACUCAGUGCAAGAUGGACAUCGAUUCCAGACAUUGUCAAUCAAGGACGGGGACCGCCCAAUUCAUUUGUCGGAGAUAUGGUGGUUUCGAGAUGAGAGGCCCGCGCCGAAGACUUCGAACAUCCCCGAUAUUUUCAAGAGGGCGAAUCUCAUCACAGGUUCAGCGCAUUCAGUGCUCAAAAUCCUUCCAUUACUCGACCACCUACAGGAAGAGUCUGACCAAUUAACCGCGACGGAUCUAUUCGCUUUUCAAGGCUCACAUACACGUUCAGCAAAGUCUAAGCAUACCCCAGUGAUAGAGGCAUGGCCCUCACUUCCGACAGAUCGUAUAGCGGCAUCUAUCAGCCCUUCGGCUCAUAGUAAAACGACCCAUGAAACUGCCAAUCUCGACGAACUAGAUAACUCGAACAUGAACAGUAUUCUCCUCGUCACUGAUGACCAGGGACAUCUCUUUUCCUUUCUUGAUGGCUUCUUCCCCCUUGGAGUUAUUCCUUUAGGGCAACCCGUUGACUUCCCCUCAUUCGUCAAACAUCCUUUGCGUCCUUGCCUGGUAGGGCAACCUAGCUUUCGCCAUGGGGAACACUCGACGACUUCUCUCGUCCCAAUAAUGGUUGAUCUUCCUCUUCUCAGUCAUCGAGCAAUUCGAGACUUCGCGAAACUAUCGUCCACAGGACGAGAACUUACCUGGUAUGCCACAUGCGCUGUGAAGGAGAUAUGUGGUGUCUGGUAUGGCGAUGAGACCAACAGCGGGGCUCGAGAACUUGGUCCGAAAUGGGUUCAUGCUCUAGAAGUCAAACAAAGAGAGUCAUUUGGUCAACAGAAUACAAGCCCUAUGCUUGAUCUGACAAUUCUCCUCACUACUGGUCGUGCGUCAGAAUCAUUGUCAGACUUUUUAGGUAGUGGCGAACUCACAGGCGAAAGGGGUAUUCAAAAGUGGGAAUCCAUGGUCUCUGAAGCUCUAGUCAAAUUGCGCGAUUUCAGCGAGAAACGUCUUGCUCCGGCUCUGCAACGCCUGCACCUUGUCAUCGAGGAGGUUCAAGGUUGGGCGAAACUGCCUCAUUUUUCAGUAUUUCAAUUGUCCGCCGAAGAAUUGAGCGGCGUCCUCGAUCUUGCAAGUCGCGGCAUCAUACUCGCGAAUUGGCUCACCGCAGAGGCGCGCAAACAAUUGGGCUGUUUCAAAGAGUUCAUCGCUUGGUUGCGUUAUGAGGUUAGCAACGUGAACUCACCUAAUGAGGGCAACGUUCCUCGCUACGACACCCUUGAAGUCAAUAAUUACCUUACUUCUGGCCUUGCCAAUAGCCCUAUCGACUCGUGGUUUACUGGACCUGUACCUCAGUUUCGACUUCGCGACUUGGGAAUUCCUGAACCAGAAAAAGAUGGUUUGGAUGAGGCCAUGGAGUAUGCACGCGAUGUUGCUAAUGAUCCUGCCCUUCUGGCGGCAUGGCAAAUGGAGCGCGAAUUGAACCAUGUCGACAAAAACCUCAAUGCGUUAAUCGAGGACCUAGCACAACGAUGCCAACGAGUUUUUCAUCAUGCAUCCGGAGCGGUGUCUCGCUCUGCAACUGUUUCAUACGCUCCGUCAUCGGACGCGACACGGGCACCGGAGAAGGAGCGUUCGCCUCAGCCACGAAUAGCAUUUCCGUUCCGAGAGCGCACCGUCCUCAACGAAAAGGGGGAGGUUGUACAACACCUGGUCGUGCAUAUGCCUUCAGUGGCCGAUAAUACGGUGCUGCUGACUCAGCUCCGCUUUUCUGUUGAGGAAUCUGGCUUGCCGUCUCAAAUUGGCGUUGCGCUUCUCGAAUGCUAUCUUCCUGAGGAAGGUCAAGAAGAUAGUAGCCUCGAUCUCCUCGAUGCCGAUUUUUUCGACGAUGAAUGUGUCGUAAUUGUUUACCGGCCUCGACGAGGGCAAAAACAAAUGUCUCUAGCGAUGGUCAACUACAGCGAUGCAGGAUAUCAAAAUUUGGCCUCCGGCGGGUACGUAACGAGGACGAGCCAGGAAGAUUUGAUCCAGGAAUCCCUGGAGCUGUGGAAGGAUGGACAUCUAUCGAGCACGAAGAUUGCCAUUAUGCGACACCGCACGCUGUCGAGCUGCAGGGACGGAGGGGUCUCACUGGCCUUAAACGGGAGAACGGGGCGACGGGUCGCGUGCGUGCUUGAUAGCACAGGGACUGCGCUGGAGUCAUUUGAUCUGGAAGGGGAGGUGGAGGAUAUGGAAGUUGCGGAUGAUGGGAGGUAG